AUGUCUUUCUUUGAUGCUCUGUCCGCUAUACGAGAAGUUGUUGUCUCCAAGUUCUUAGACUUUCUCAUAGACAAGUUGGUCUCUUCUGACUUCCUGCAAUUUGCUACUGAAAAGAAGAUCCACCUGGAGAUCGAGAAGUUGAAGACGGAAUUGCUGGAGAUUCGUGCAGUGCUGGAUGAUGCUGAGGAGAGGCAGCUAAAAGAUUCGGACAUGAUGUCCAAGAUAAAUGAUGUCACUGCCAGAUUGAAAGAUUUAGAACCACAGAAAAAAAAGUUGCAGAAGAGAACGAGAGACUACCGUAGAUCCAAAAGGAUAGAAGAACGGCCGCAGCCUACUUCUGUGGAGAUCGAAACUCAUGUUUAUGGUAGAGACAAAGACAAGGAGACAAUACUCGAAUUGCCCUUCAAGAGUGAUGAUGAACGAAAUUUUGUGAUUCCCAUCGUUGGCAUGGGAGGGGUUGGUAAGACAACCUUGGCCCAACUUGUUUACAAUGAUGCUAAGAGUGAGAUAUGGCAAUUAUCAGAACAUCAAUGUGGUAUAAUUCCAGCUCUACAAUUAAGUUACCAUCAUCUUCCUCCGCAUUUGAGACGAUGCUUCGCGUAUUGCUCCAUUUUUCCUAAGGAUUAUGAAUUUGAAGAAGAAGAGAUAAUUUUGUUAUGGAGGGCAGAAGGUUUUCUACAAGAAGCACGAGAUAGACAACGCAUUGAAGAUUUGGGUCACCAGUACUUUAGAAAUCUACUAUCAAGGUCUCUUUUGCAAAUAUCCAGCAACGAUAAUUCUCGAUUUGUUAUGCAUGACCUCAUUCAUGAUCUGGCUCAAUCAGUUGCUGGAGAAAUAUGCUUUAGAAUAGAGCGUGAUAAGCAAAUUUCAAAGCAGGCUCGCCACUUAUCUUACAUUGCUGAUGAGUGUGAUGGCAUCAAAAAGUUUAAAGGCAUUUGGGAAGCAAAGUAUUUACGAACCUUUUUGCCAUUGAGGUUGUCAAGUUAUGGUAAUGGCUUUGUAACCAGCAAUGUUCUAACAUGUUUGUUGCCAUGUUUGAGAUGCUUGAGGGUGCUUUCUUUGAAAGGGUAUAAGAUCAAAGUGUUGUCAGAUUUUAUAGGAGAUUUAAAACACUUACGCUACCUAUAUAUUUCUCGCACCUUUAUUAGAAGCUUGCCUGAGUCAAUAAGCACCCUCUAUAAUUUAGAAACCCUUUUGUUAAGGAGGUGUGAGCACCUUGUGAAGCAACCUUCAGAGAUGGAAAACUUAGUGAACCUAUGUCAUCUUGAUAUCAUUGAUGCAAUUAGAUUACAAGGCAUGCCAAGUAAUUUUGGUAGAUUGACUAAUCUUCAAACACUUUCUAAUUUUGUCGCCGGUAAAAGAAAGGGCUAUCAAAUAAGGGAGCUAAAGGAUUUAACCAAACUCAAGGGUCAACUUUGUAUUUCUGGGUUAGAAAAUGUUAUUGAAACUCAAGAUGCAUGUGGGGCUAAGUUACAAGAGAAGAUGGGACUCGAUGGGUUAGAAUUGAAAUGGUGUAGCUGCUUUGGUAAUGCAACAGAAGAAGUUGAGAAAAAGGUGUUGGAUUCGCUUCAACCUUCUAAAAAGCUUAAGAAGCUCACCAUUGUGGGCUAUUGUGGUGACACAUUGGCAAAAUGGGUAGGAGAUUCUUCGUUCAAUAAUUUACUAUCUUUAUCCCUCAUAAAUUGUCUAAAUUGCAUGUCAUUGCCAUCAAUUGGGAAAUUGCCAUUGUUGAAAGAAGUAUGCAUCCAGGGAUUGCAUAAUGUAACUAGUGUUGGACUCGAGUUCUUAGGAGAAAACACACCAAAUGCAUUUUCAUCAUUGGAGAUUUUACGAUUUGGAUACAUGCUUAACUGGGAGAAUUGGGAAGUUGAUGAUGAAGCCAUGAAAUUUUCGAAACUUCGAGAGCUCCAUAUUUGCUAUUGCUCCGAACUGUUGGGAAGUAUACCGGAAUCGCUUCCUGCAUUGGAGAAACUUGUGAUUAAAAGCUGUGAGAAAUUGGAAAUUUCAAUUUCAAGCUUUCCAAAGCUUUCAGAAUUAGAAAUUGAUGAAUGCGAGAAGGUAGUAUAUAAAGGGUUUGCAGAUCAUAGUUCAUUACAAAAAGUCUUUUUUUCAAACAUUCCCAAGUUUACUUGUACAAGAGAAUGUUUGAGGUUAGGAUCAAUAAGAGUGGAAUCCCUUAAGAUUCUUAGAUGUGAAGAGUUGUUCUCUUCGCGAGAGAACAAUUGGGGAUUGUUAACUCAGUCAAUGUCCCUUGGUAAUUUGACAAUUAGAGGCUGUGCGCAACUUUUAUCCAUAGGGGUAGAAGGGGAAAGAGAAGAAUUGAUGCAAUUGAAGAUCCCUUACAGCAUUGAACGUAUGGUAGUAGAGGAUUGUGAAAAGCUAGAAAAGAUAUCAACAACCUUGCAGUCCUUCACGUCGCUUAGGGUGCUAGUGCUCGAGUCUUGCCCGAAACUGAUUUCGCUUUCAAAGAGCAAUUUGCCUUUGAGCCGGAAUAGGCUGAGGAUUUGGUUUUGUCAUAAUUUACGCUGUUUGUGGGAUGAGGGAGAGAAUAUCAACAUCGACAGUGCAUUUCUUCUUGAGCACUUGAAUGUUUUAGGUUGUUCAUCUCUUGUAUCUUUAUCAUCAAGAGGUCAGUUACCUAGAGGGCUAAAAGAAUUGCAAAUAGAGUAUUGUCCAAAGCUAGAAUCAAUAGCCCAAGAAAUUCAACAAAAUGCUGCUCUUGAAUGUAUUCUUAUCUCUGAUUGUGAUAAGAUUAAUUAUUUACCUCAAGGUUUGAACAGGCUCUGCCAUCUCCAGAAGAUUAACAUAGAAUGUACAAAUUUGGUUUCCUUUCCAGAAAUUGGUUUGCCCGCCACAAACCUCAAAGUGCUCUACCUCUCAAAUUGUACAAAUCUCCAAGAUCUACCCCAUGAUUACUGA